AUGGACAAGAAACGUAAGGAACUGUGUGAUGAUGCAGUUGAACCACCGAACGAAAUCGAAAAUAUUGAUAUUAACUCUUCGUUGCAUUCUGCACAUUCCGACGAAAUAAAACCGAAGCGUGUUACAUUCGAGGCUGAUGUCUUAAAAACAGAUCUGGAAACGAAGUAUCUCUGCUUGUUUCCCGAAGAAUUCUUUCUUUUCUGGAAGCAUGUCCAGAAAUUGACGGGAAAAGAUGGCGAUCCAUGUGGUGUUUAUGGGAAUUUAAAAUGUUUACGACUUUGUGGAGUAUUUGAUUAUCUUGCCGGACAUUUCAAAGAUGCAGAUACGGAAAAAUAUUUGUUGCACGACAGGUUUGCUACCGACUUGCCAGAAAUGCAAACACUGGCGGUGUAUGAUAAUGGUCGAUAUGUCUAUUGGAGAGAUGAACCUAAUACUGAAAAACCUUUAAUUGUUCAUGUGGACAAUGCCGAACAUUAUCCAAAGUGCGUUAUCGUUGGUGCUGUUGAUCCUUUCUACAUGAUUGCACAUCUGGUCGGGAAAACUUUGCGAGUUGAAUACCGAAACUUUUUUUCGAAGGAUUGGAUUGAAGGCUAUAAAAUGCUCACUGCCAAUGUGAAAAAAAUUGCUAAAUCACGCAACAGCGAAACUGUUGGUCUUCCAUUUCAUGGUAUGGGAAUAUAUGUUAAGAUCGUUAAUGAUGUUGGAUAUAGACCAUUAAAGGAAAAAACAGGAGAACUGAAAAACAUAAUAAAUUUAGUGGCUACUACAGAUAAUGAAGAUAUAAAGCAAAAGAAAAUGGAAAAAAUAACGGAAAUCGUGAGCUGCAUUCAGUUUGCAAAUGACGAGAAGGAUUUCGGGAUGGGUUUAGAAUUCGGACAUGAUAUAUUUUGGUCUAAUCAUAAUUUCUUUGAUAAAAUGGCGGAAAAACUUUUGAUAACGGCUUACAAAUUGCUGGAUCGUCAAGCAUUUGCUCGUAUCCUAGAGGUGCAUAUGCCUGUUCGUCGAAACAUUCCUGAUUUGUAA